AUGGCUCCAACUGCUCCUAAAGUUCUUGUCCCCGAGUCUAUCCUCAAGAAGCGUCGCACUCUUGAGCAGGUGAAGGCCAAGCGUGCUGCCAAGGCUGUUGCUACCAAGGCUCACCGCAAAAAAGUCCGUCAGAUCGCCUUCAAGAGUGCUGAAAAGUACAUUAAAGAGUACCGUCAGCUUGAGAAGCAGAAUGUGAUCCUUCGUCGUCAAGCUAAGUCCAAGGGUAAUUUCUACGUGCCUGCUGAGGCCAAGUUUGCUUUUGUGAUGCGCAUCCGUGGUAUUAUUGGCGUGUCUCCAAAGGUUCGCAAGAUUUUGCAGCUUCUCCGUCUGCGUCAGAUCCAGAACGGUGUUUUUGUAAAGCUUAACAAGGCUACUAUCAACAUGCUCCGUCUGGUCGAACCAUUUGUCACAUACGGCUACCCGAACCUUAAGGUAACACGUGAGCUCAUUUACAAGCGUGGAUUCGGUAAAGUUCGCGGCCAACGUAUUCCUUUGACGGACAAUGCGAUCAUCGAGAAGUCUCUGGGCCACAUUGGCAUCAUUUGUAUCGAGGAUUUGAUUCAUGAAAUCUUCACGGUGGGCGAGCACUUCAAGCAGGCCGCUAACUUUCUGUGGCCCUUCCAGCUAUCGUCACCGAAUGGAGGCUACACCAAGAAGCUGUUGCACUUUGCUGAAGGUGGUGACGCCGGCAACCGCGGUGCUGAAAUUAACAAGUUCAUCAAGCAGUGUCUGUAA